AUGUCGCUGGUCAAGCUUCCAUACGAGCUGGUCUCAUUUAUUAUUGAGUAUCUGGAUUUGCUCGACGUCGGCAAUCUCAGUCUCACCUGCAAGCGGAUGCAGUAUUUGACCCUGGAAUACUGCAUUGCCAAGCGAAUCCUUGAGACAAAGGCCCCCUACAGCUUGGAGGCAAGCAGCGCAAGACUCACUCAGCGUUGGCCCCAACAGCUGCGGAGGCUGAUCAAGCGCCAAGCUGCCACUUCGUCCGUGUCUCCCUAUCUUGUGAGAGUCGUCGCCCACGCGGAAACAUGGCUUUACGAGAAUGGCAUACUGUGCUAUAUUCGCAAGCGUGAGAUUCGGAUCCUGGAUCUUCACGGUUCAGCAACACAGGAGACCGUCAUCAAUAUCCGCUCCCUUCUCCACGUGGCCCUUCCCGAGUCUAGAAUGACCCGCAGGUACAAGGUCCGGGUACUGCACUACGCCCACGAUAUUGUUUCUUGCUUGUACACACACGCCAAGCCAAACCAAGAGCAAGUCAGCUGGCUUCUGGCCUUCAACGUGUGUACUGGCCAGGUGGUUACCGUCCGCCAAGUCGCAUCGACUACCAAGAUUUUCGUACGCAACGACAACAACUUUCUUUACUAUGGCACCAAUUCCGAGAUCGGCAGGGACCUGUACCGGUACUGGGUCGUCUGGGGUUUCGACUUGAGUGCUCGCAGAUGGCUGAGUGACAAACUCGAGAUACAGGAUGUCAUGGGUGUGGAUGUGGGCUCGACAGUUUGUUUUGAGAUCUUUGAUGGCUGGUUCUACGGCAUCUCAAACCAAGCCGCUCUGGAGGUGGAAGAGGUUGAUUGGAUCUCACAUUAUACCUGCUUCAGGUUCCCGGUCACAAGAGAGGGCCUUCAAAAAUGGGAGUCACCGAACCCACCAAUCUUUAGAAGGAAUCAACAUGAGGGUGUGAUCGAUGACAGGUGGUACCUCCUUCGCAUGUUCAAGGACGAGUCAACAGGCCAGCUCAAGGUGGUUGAGUCUAGGAAAGAGUGGCUUGCAGGGCGCAUCUGGCCUAGACGCACUUACUACACCACUGUGGUAAACUUCGACGAGGCCACUUCCGACGUCGCUCGAGCAACAAAUGGCCGAGCCUCAUCAUCUGGGAGCCCUAGUGCAGCAUUACCGGAGACCAUGAAUCCCAAACUGCAGCACACCGAGUACACGGCACCACCAUCACGAGAUCCCCAUUUUGUACAUCCGGGGGACGACAACGCCUCGUCUCUGAUGUUCGCGAUCAGCAAGAGCCCUAUUCGCUGCUAUUAUUCAGCAUGUCAAACAUUUUUGGACGUGGUGGACGACCCCACCUCCACGGAUCCUAAUGAUCAACGAAUCCGCUUCCGAGGCAGUUCACGACGGCCCAGGGGUACCUCUAGCCUGGGGCAGCGGGACGAACGGCAAAUUUCGCCCGUAGCACAAGACUACAGCGCCCAAGAUGCACUUGACCAGGAAGUAAAUGAUCUUUACAGGCACAAAGAUGUUGUUUCCUGGCCUGCCGAGCCAGACAUUUCCAAUCCAGAUCCUGUGCUCCUCGAUUUGUACGCCGUACUGAAUCCGGAUGGCUUUACCGGCAACAUUCGAGGGGCAUGGGAUGAACGCUCCUUGGUCUAUUCCACAGGUGGAGAUUCCCCCGGAGGCCUCAAUGCCCUGGUGUUUGUCUCUUGGGACCCUUCUAUUCACCUGGAUGGGACAUUGUCCUAUUCCGACUAUCGGCCCUCUCUGAGCGUACCACCUGUUCAACACAUCAUGGAAGGGCACAGUGACGUCUCUGACUCGGGGAUAAUACCCUUCCAGGAGAAAGGAAAAGGCAAGGAGUUCACCUGGAGCUACCCUAGCAAGUCGCCGAGUCCAUUUCUACGUGCCGGCAGCACAGACUCGACAUCAUCUUCGGAGACCAACCAGGAUAGCCGCUGGAAAAAAGUUGAACCUGCAUUGUAUCAUCAACUUGGCUCAGGUUUCCACUUCGCUCGAUAG